UUACCACAGUGAUUAACCGCGCGAGCACAGACACAUGCGCGCUCUCGUCCGGCGGCUGCAGCGGAAGGUUUUCUCUGAGGCGCGCGCACCGGUGUGAUGGCGACCGCACGUCUCCGGUAUUCUCCGCAUCUGUCCAUCGAUUGUGAAUAAAUAAGCGAUAUAAAUCAGACAUGGCAGGCCAUCAGGGAUCAGUGUUCCUCCGCUACUCCUUCCCGGUUCUGCUGCUUCUAAGCAGAGCUUUACCGAACCGGACCAGCAGCAUCCGUGAUGCCCAAUACAGUAAUAAUGACACCAAUAAAGACUCCAAGCGGAUACCAAAGCUACAGGACAACAGCACUACUGUAAGAUGGUGGCGUGUUUUGGGUGAAGUGGGGCCGCUGUGUGCAUACCGCAUUCUUGAGGAAGGUGACCCGGGGCGUUUGUGUUUCCGGUAUACGCGACCGGACUUCCGGUGCACCGGCGCUACCUGUCGACAGGUGAGCUCACCUGACCGGCAGCUAACGGCGAAUAUCCUGUCCAACGGAAGUGUGUUCGUUCAGUGGACGGCUCAGGCUAGCCCCGCUCACGGGCCUGCGGGCGGCUUCCGGCUCAGUUGCUGGUGGAACGGCAGCUACACGCAGUUCGAAUGCGCCGGCGUGCAUUUAGGCAGCAGCUGCCGCGAUUAUUUACUCACCGAGCUGCACGCUAACGUGCCGUAUCGCCUCUGCGUGCGGCCCUACGCCCUCGACCGGGCCGAAGCCUGCGUGGAGUUCAGCCUCGAGCCCAGCGGGAUGCAGGACAUCGUUAUCGCCAUGACAACAGUGGGCGGAGCCAUCUGUGUGAUGCUGGUCAUCAUUUGCCUGCUGGUGGCGUACAUCACCGAAAAUAUCAUGAACCCGACGGCACAGCACACGCUCACGGCGCAGCACUCGCACAGAUCGCACCUGCACACACACCUGUGAAGAGAAACAUCGUUAUCGUCGUCGCGCAAACACACACCUUACAGCUCAGGAUCGGAAACGAAGUGCAGAAUUCAUGUAGAAAGAGACGCAGUUCCACAGAGCUCUACUUACACACAGGCUGUGUUCGGAAUGGAGGACUUACCUACUAUUGACUGAGUAAUGUGCGGUAUACACCGCUAACUGUGUACGUUUAUUCUUAAAUAGUACGCAAUAGUACACCGUCCACCCAGCUAAUAAAUUUAUGUCCAAAAAAAGGUUGUGGGAACAGUGAUCUGCAACGUUUCUAAUGUGUUAAA